UGUCAAACCGGCUAUCAUUCAGCGGGGUUGUUUACUGGGCAAUGUUUUGGAUAGAAUCGAUCGCUAUAUUCCUCUUGUGCUGUUGUGUUGGUUUUUGUUUUUGGUAUUCAAAAUAGGUAACCUCGGUACCAAAUGCAUUCACUGAUGGAAUAUUUGAAAAGUCCUGAGUUGGUGGUCCGAGUUCAGGAAUUUUUUGGCAUCGAGUAUUUGCGCAAGGAUCAAGGCAAAAUCGAUUCGACGACAAACAACGGUAAUCUUCCGUCUUCUGCAGCGAAAAAGCGAACAAUCAAUGAGGAUGUUGCUAGAAGUAGUGAAAGCGAUAGCAAUGAUAGUUCCGAUAGGAAAUCGGACGACAUCAGUAAUAAUGGCAAGCCUUAUCGAGUGACCAAGAAAUUUUGGUACUACUUAUUCAUCAUCGGAACGGAGCUCGGUGAUGAGAUCUUUUAUGCAACUUUCAUCCCGUUUUGGUUUUGGAACAUUGAUAGUGCCGUGGGUCGGCGAGUAGUUAUGGUUUGGUCGGCAGUCAUGUAUGUUGGUCAGAGCCUGAAGGAUGUGAUUAGAUGGCCCCGUCCAGGUUACCCAGCCAGUAGAUUGCAGAAGAAAUGGUCCCUCGAAUAUGGGAUGCCUUCGACCCAUGCGAUGGUCUCGGUGGCAAUUCCUUUCUCCGUUCUCAUUUACACUUACGAUAGAUACGUUUAUUCCUUACCAGCUGGUUUGGCAUUCGCUCUGAUCUGGUGUGCGGUCAUCUGCGUUAGCAGAGUUUAUUUGGGAAUGCACAGCGUAUUGGAUAUCAUUGCAGGUUUAGCGCUAGUUGUAUCAUUGAUGAUACCGCUUAUCCCUAUUGUGGAUACAUUAGACUAUGUAAUUGUAACGGGUCGCUGGUCGCCAAUAUUUGUGUUAUUUUUCUCCAUUAUGCUGAUAGUGUUUUAUCCAGAUUCAGGGGUUUGGACACCAACGAGGGGAGACACAGCCCUAACGGUGAGCGUUUGCGCGGGGAUCGAAGUCGGCGCAUGGCUACACUACAUGUUGGGUGACUUCAGCUCACCUCCGAGUCCACCGCCAUACGAAAUCAUCUGGCCAUCAUAUGCGAUGCUGGGAAUGCUGUUACUUCGUACCGUGCUUGGACUGUGCUGCAUUGUGGCCACCCGAGCCUUUGGAAAAUCGAUUUCCUAUGCGUUCGUGUGCUUUUUGCUUGGCCGUAACAAAAACGAGUUGCGCCAGUCGGAAGAUACGUUGGAGAACAAGAACAAAAUCAUCGUUGAGUUGAGCUAUAAGUUUUUCACCUGUGCAAUGAUCGGAUUUAACACACAAUUCUUGCUGCCAAAUGUGUUCAAGCUCCUACGGAUCGGGCGACCGGAUUUUUAUACGGAAAUUUGAAGAUGAAGACGAGUGAGAGUAGAAUAAUAUUGUUGACAUUCCAGCCGGCAAUGAUUUAAGUUGUUAAUACAAAUAGGUAAAUUUGUAGAUCUAUAACAUAUCUUAUGGAAAUCAACGAAUUAGGUCCGAUUAGAACAAUUUUCCUUAUAUGAACAUUUUCAUAGUUAUUUCAACGAACUUAAGACUUUAGUAUCAUGGUUUGAUUACAACCCACAAAAUUAUAUUAUUUGAAUUCAAAUAAUGAGAUCUGAAAAUGUUUCCCAUUAAAAUUUGUUUCUAUGUUUUAACUAGAUUUAACCUGAAAAUAGCAUAAAUCACAAUCGUCACGUUUGAUCACUCCCUCUCAGUAAUAUGCAAAUUGAUAGCACAUAGGUUGUGUUUUAAGAACCAAGAAAAUCUAAACUCAGUUGAGAACAAUUACUACACUAUUCUACUUGAAUUAAUAUUACAAGUUAAAUCCAGCCCUGUUUCCAACUCAAUACUAAAUAACAUUAAAAAUUACAAAUCGCUCAUUCCAAUGCCACGACCUGGCCAACAAUUUGGUUCAUGAUACGAAUGAUGGAACAAAUUGUGUCCCAAACUAAUUGACUAAUUGAAAUAUCAAUUUACACGAACAUACAGAACAUCAACUCCUCUCUAGUCCAUAAAGUUUUAAGUAGAAUGCCUAGGAAACACUAACAUAACAAUAUCCUUAUAGUAUAAAACAGAUUCGCUAAGGCAGUAAUUUAUUGGGCCUCGGCCGUUGCACAAAUCAUUUUUGUACGAGCGAUAUUUAAACACUUUUGAAUACAAUUUG